UUUGUUCUGAAACAGAGGAAUAGAUUAGUGUCCCAGGAGGUGGCAAAGAACGGUACCGUUUUUAUGAAUACCAAGUACAAAAAGCUACAUUGAGGUCAGGACUACAGUGUACCAAAGGCAGAACAUUCAAAGGGAAGCAGCGGCAGAGUUCAGAGCUCAGGUUGAAAGGACGUAGUCUCUGCUUUAAAGGAAAAACAAUGAGACUGUGCCCUUUUUGGCCGCUUGAUGAUGAAUGAAGAAGACUUGAAAGAUUUCAUUUCCUUCUCCAAAAAAAGAAAAAAUGAGGGGCCUUUUUAACCUUAGAAAAAGCAGAAAGAUUAAAUCUGGUCUUCCCUGUUUUUUUGCUGGGUGUCUCCUUGAAAGACAAGAGAACUGGAAAGAGAAGGGUCUCAGCCCUUAACUGAAGUGGGGAAGAAUCUUUAAAGACAGCUUUUCUCCUGAGUGUUUGUCAGACCUUUGUGUUAAAUCAAUGUGAACAAAAACAAACAAACCCAGAUCUUUGAACAGUCUGACUUAAAAAAAACCCUCCCUCCAUGGCUCAAGUUUCACUUCCUUGGUUGCUAUGUGGUGAUGUAAUCCUGCUAGUUUUCCAGUUUCCCUAAAGUCCUCCAGGAAAAACAGUAGACAAGAUUUGACUGUAUAGUGUUAGGUAAAAAAUAAAUUAUAAUAUCCUAUCUCCUAGAACUGGAAGGGACCUUGAAAGGUCAUUAAAUUGAGUCCAGCCCCCUGCCUUCACUAGCAGGACCAAGUACUGAUUUUGCCCCAAAUCCCUAAGUGGCCCCCUCAAGGAUUGAACUCACAACCCUGGACUUAGCAGGCCAAUGCGCAAAGCACCAAGCUAUCCCUCCCCCCUGGUUGUUAUACCUCAUAAAGAAACAAAGCAACCACAGAGCACUAACAACCAGUGGGAGUUAGGCAGCUAAAUAACUUUGAGGAACUAGCAAUAGGGCCCUGCUCCUGCUCUGGGCAGAUGGACCCUUGUUUCCAUACAGAGCAGUCUUGCAUUGGGCAGGUACUUCAGGACCAUGGCUGCAGGAGCCGUGCCUACCUGACAUGCAGCACAUUGAAUGCUAGUAACUCUUGAGGGGUCUUGUGCGCUUGCCCUCUUAACCUCAAAGGACAUCAGGUAAGACCCCCCCCCAAUCCUGCAAGUAGAUCUAUGUCCGUCGAAACCCACUGGUAUCACUCCGGCACGGAAGAACUGGCAGGCCUGAGCCUUAAUUAGGAGCAGAGCUAAUUGAGAAAUGAGGUGGUGUUUCAAAUGUCCAAUCGUCCAGCUUUCUUCAAUGUUUUCCAACCAGCUCAAAGUAAGAGCCUGUUGUUAUGUUUCAGAACAUACAAAUAGAGAAGUGAGAUGAAAACAUAAAAUAGUCUCGCUGGAAGGUUGCAACGUAGCACUGCUUUGUUUUGUAGAAUUCAGAAUGAUAAAAGCAGAGAGAGACAAAACAGGCUGCUCCCAGAGGUACAACUCACCGCACCUUGUUACUCUAGGCUCCCUGGCUGCAAACUGACUGCUGUGUUCAUGCUUCCCUACAGAGGCUCCUGCCUGCAGGACCAAGAAACCCCUGAGCAUUUAAAUUGAUAGCUCUCCCAUGUUAAAAGUUUUCCAUACACCACACCUGUGAGCCCAGUUUUCCAGGGCUUGCAGCAUACAGACACACACACAUCCAUGUAGCCCCAAGGAUAUUUUUAAAGCUAUAUCAGUUCUUGUGAAUGUAUUUUUAUUACAGUAGCACCUAGGAGUCCCAGCUGAGGGUGUGUCUACACUCCAACUGAACUGCAAUUGGGGGAGGGGAUUGAGCUUGGGUAGGCAAACCCGCAUUAGCUUUUGUCUAGCUGGCGUGGCUGAAAACAGCAGUGAGGACAGCAUCAGCUGUACGAAUUCCCUCCCGCUCCGGGCUAUGUAUGUGUUUGCAUUGCGAGCCUGGCCCACCGCGCCUUCACUGCUAUUCGUAGCCUUGGUAACUAGAUUAAAGCUAAUUUGGGUAUGCCUGUGUGGCACACCUUCCAUUGCAGCGUAGGCCUGCUCUGAGAUCAUGGCCUCAUUGUGCUUGGAGCUGUACAGAGACGUAGCGAGAGACAGUCCCUGCCCAAGAGACUAACUAGCAGAAGGGUAAAUGACUUGCCCAAGAACGCACAGCAGGUCAGUGGCAGGAUUAGAACCCAGCAUGCCUAGCUCCCCAGUGCUCCAGCCACCCAGCCUCGAUUUCCCCCUGCUGCUGUGACUGAGACACAUCCAGUAAGAAAAUUGAAGGGGGCCCCCCAGGUGAAAUUUGGCUUGCAGGGUAGUUCAUCUGCCCACCCAGAAUAACCCUGGCCAGUCAGAGCUGCAGAUGUUUGUCCCCUCCCCACCCACCGGGGAGCAAACAGCUGCCACUUUAACAGACUCGAUCUAAUCCCUCCAGCCAGCCUCAUUGUUGUGUUUGUUUUUCCUUAAUUCCUAUCGGCUCAAUUUCUCUCUCUCUCCACCUCCAGCUGCCCUCGCCUUUAAUUCCCCCCUCCCUCCACUUUCCCUCUCUCCCCAUCUCUCUCUUCUUUAUUUACAGCCACCUUCUCUCCGGCGAGCAGAGCCCGUUUGCAAUUUCACACCUCAGCUUGGGCUGGGCGCCGUGGAGCAGCCGGCCUGUCUAGCCGGAGACAACCAGGGGAGAGGGGCCGGAGAAGGCUAAAAAAGGAAGAGAUUUAAACCUCCCCUCUGUGCAUACCCGCAACUUUCUUUUGCCUGCUCAAUUUCAGCUUCUUUGACCCCUCCCUCCCUUUUCCCUGGUCAGUUUCACUAGGCUCUGGGGGGAAUUGAAUGGAUUGAUGCUUCCCAAGGCGCUGCUCCCUAAGCAUCAGGGAUCUGGAGAAGGGGCAUUUUCCCUCCUUCCCCCCUUUUCCUGUCGCAGAGGAUGACACUUCUUUAGGCGCCGGGCAUGAGGGGUGCUAGGUAUCUGGCUAGGGUGACCAGAUGUCCCGAUUUUAUAGGAACAGUCCCGAUAUUUGGGGUUUUUUCCUAUAUAGGCUCCUAUUACCCCCCACCCCCAUCCCGAUUUUUCACACUUGCUGUCUGGUCACCCUAUAUCUGGCCCUCCAGCUGCUGCCUCGCUUCUUCCUGAAGGUCUCUGUAACCUUUGCAAACUAGAGGGAGCUGUGCAUGCGAAAACCUUAGGGCCAGGAGGAGGAGGCGAAAAACCCUUUGACGUAUCAGGAGCAACGAUUGCAAAGAGGCUUCCAGACCUUCCAGCCACCGAUAUUUUUUUUUUAUCUCCCGCCUUUCCCCAAAUCAUCCCCAACAACCGCAUCCAAACUAUGACCGGCUUCCUGAAGCUGCAGCUCCUUCCAUCCUUCCUCCCCAAAGUAGCCCGCAGGUCCCUGAAACCAGGAAAGAACUGAUGGAUGCAAAAGGCUGAAAAGUCUCUUCCCACUCCCGCCCCCUUUUCUUUGUGCAGUUGCCUUGCAAAAAGCUACUGGUGGUGGUUGGAGAUCACGGUUGCGGUUGUGUUGUGUUUGCAGCUGCUUUCCUGGAUCCUGUAAAGGAGACGAGCUCUCAAGGAAAGCGUCAUAACAACCCUCUCAAAAUCUAACAAAGAAGAAAAAAGCUGUCACUGGACUCUUCCAAGCUAGACUUUUGCUAAAGUUUUCCAGUCCUGCUUUUGUGAAUGUCUCUUAAGAGGGAGGAGGUUUGAUUAUUAUUUUUUUUUUGUAAGAUCCCUGUUUAUUUGGGCUUUGGAAUAAAUCACUGUCUUUCCCUCCCCACCAGAAAUAAAAACUGAAUGAUGGAAGUGUGCCAAUGUGUACUGGAGAUGGUCUUGUUUUUCCAGGAAUUGCGUGUAUGAGGGUUUGACACUUCAGCAGCCUUAACAGUAAACCAAGGAAGUUUCUGGUGGUGAUGGGAAAUAAAUAUAUACACAGCUUCGUAUCUGACAAGAAAAUGUAGCUGGGAUGCGAUUCCGUUCCCCGGAUCUCUUAAAGGAUUCUAACUGGAUAGACAAAGACUUAAAAGAAUCGCUGGUUAUAUAUUUAUGUAUUUAAGAGGAACUUUGUAAAGGCAGUUUUUAAAUGGACAUUAAUGUGCCUGGCUGGUGUUUGAACAGAUGAGGUGUUCAUUGUCUAGGGUUGUUUGGGGUUGUUUUUUUUAAAUGUUUCUUUCCAGACCAUAGGAAAUUGUCUUUGCGGGAUGCUCUAUUGUUGCUUAGAUCUGAUCGUUCCAUAAUGAACUGGUAAAUUUCUUCUCUCUCUCUUUCUUUCCCCUUUAAAAGCGCUAAUGCUUUGUAAAUGCUCGGUAUCGCAAAUCCGUUUUAGGGAUUAAAACCGAUCUCUUAGAAAGACACUCUGAAGCUUUCAUUCGAGACAGGUUUUUGGCUGCGUGUGUCUAUUUUUUGAAGCUUAGUGCAGGGGAGAUGACAUUUUUUUAAAAAAAGACUUUUUCUCCCCUCAAUUUUCCAUUGCGUUUGAACUGGUAAUAGAUUGUGGAAACCUUCCGUGAUCCAACCCCCCCACACAGAUCUGGUUUGAUGGAGAGAGGACAUUUCAUUUCCAACUCCUGGAGAAGCUCGCUCUGGGAUAAGACAUCAGCCUGAGACAUAAACAUUGGCGACCUCUCGAUCCGCAGGGUCUCCUGAAAGGAAGAUGAAUGACGCCCAAUUUGGAUUAUAAAUCAUGGGGACCCACUAAGGCUUAUCUGAUGGCAGCUUGAGAAGUCUUCCCAACCCACUUGUUCUGCCCAGAGAGGUCGAGGUUUUGUUGUCAGGCUGGAACAAAUGGCCAAGUGGCUGAAAGAUUACUUGAGUUUUGGGAGCAGGAGGUCUCCUCCUCAGCCCCCCACGCCCGACUACACGGAGAGUGAGAUUUUAAAGGCUUACAGAGCGCAGAAGAGCAUGGAUUUUGAGGAUCCCUAUGAAGACAGCGACAAUAAGCUGGAGCCGGAUCCUGGGGGGUCGGGCUCCCCAAAUACAGCAGCUGCUGGUGGCUGUGCGGAAGGGAAAUACACCUCCCCAAAACACAGGCUUAUCAAAGUGGAGUCCAAAGCUCUGUUGACGACGGCUGCUGAGGAACUCAAAGGCGGGCAAGAGCAGGGCGAUGGCGACAGCGAGUACUCCGACCCCUUCGAUGCCCGCCGGGAGCAGCCAGGGGACGCCGAGGAGACGGUGCCGGAGAACAACGGCUACAUGGAGCCCUACGACGCCCAACGGGUGGUGGCAGAUCUCCAGGGCAAAGGCGACUGGGAGGGCCGGUGGGGGAAGCAGUACCAGCAGGGGCUGCAGCUUUACGACACCCCCUAUGAAGAGCAGGAGCGAGACCCCGAGGGCGGCCCGGCCAGCCCAGCCCGCGAGAGCCGCCUGCCCCAAGACGACGAGCGGCCGGCGGACGAGUACGAUCAGCCCUGGGAGUGGAAGAAAGACCACAUCUCCCGGGCCUUCGCAGUGCAGUUCGAGAACCCCGACUGGGAGCGCCCCUCCUCCCUGAACAAAGAGCGCCGUCGGCCGCCGAAGCACCUGACGGCAGGCCCCAAGCACGGCCGAUCGCAGAGCCCGGAGCGCAGCCCCCCCGUGGCCGAGCGCGUGGACCCCUCGCUGCCACUGGAGAAGCAGGUGUGGUACCACGGCUCCAUCAGCAGAGCGGACGCCGAGACCCUGCUGACUCUGUGCAAAGAAGGCAGCUACCUGGUGCGGAACAGCGAAACCAGCCACCAUGACUACUCCCUGUCGCUCAGGAGCACCCAGGGCUUCAUGCACAUGAAGUUCACCAGGACCAGGGAGAACAAGUACGUGCUGGGCCAGAACAGCGCCCCCUUCGAGAGCAUCCCCGAGGUCAUCCACUACUACACGGUGCGGGAGCUGCCCGUCAAAGGGGCCGAGCAACUCUCGCUGCUGUACCCCGUCGCCGUGCAGACCCUCUGACCCGGGGGGCGCUGGGUGCUUGCUGACCACGAGGAAGGGCUGGUCCGGCCCCAGCCCAGCCCCCAGGGGCGAAUGGGGCUGCAUGCUGCGUGCCCGGCCGUUUCAACACAGGGGACUCCUGCUCCGGAGCAGCAAUGGCAAGUCGCUCUGGCCGCAAUGCUGCAUCCGACGCCCUCCGACCCCUGCGUCCUGCUCUGGGGGGUGGCCUUUGUCCUGGAAGGUCCCACACAGGGACGGGGUUAGCCUGGGGUCAUCCCUUCUAGCCCCAUCUGAGAGCUCCUGCUUCGGGGUUGUUUGUCGGGGAGAUUGUCAGGGAGAUUCCCUUUCCCCUCUGCCCCCACCUUGGUCUCUCCUACUCUGGGAUGCUGCUGGCCCCAAGGGCCUGCUGUGUCCUGCCCCAUAAAAUCUCCUCUGCCCUGCUCUGGGGGGCUCUGAGAGACACUCCCAAGUUACUCCCCCCCCACCUCCAGGCAGGUUUGAUCCCAGGGUUCCCCCUUCCUUUGUGCAGCCCUGGGGGCUGCCACUGUGGGAGGGAGGUUUCUAGCAUGUCCCCCACCGUCCUGCCCUGGGAGGGCCACGCCCGCCACCCCCGGGAAGGCUCUGAGCACAAUAACAUGUAGACACGGUAGGUUCAUGUAACUGCCCUCCGGUGUCCUACCCCCGGUGUCAUCUCGCCUGAGCCAGCUCCCCCCACACACAACCUCCCCGACCCCCUGAGCCGGGUGGGCCCCCUCCCCCGCCAUUCCCCUGGCGUGUGUGCGCGGGGCCGUCGCGCCGUGUGUGCUCUGUGUUGCUCUGUUCGUGCUGCCUUGGCAGAUAGGGGUCCAUUAAACGCCGUAGUCCAGA